CGGCGCGGCGGGCCAAUGGGGGGGCGGCCGGGGGCGGGCGCGGCGCGGCGAUUGGCUGCUGCGCGCUUAUAGGGCGAGGCGGGGCGCGCGGCGGGGGCAGUGCAGGACGUGGCGGCGGAGCGGCGGGAGGCAGCGGCGCCAUGACCCGCGGGAACCAGCGCGAACUGGCCCGGCAGAAGAACCUGAAGAAGCAGAGCGACUCGGGCAAGGGCAAGCGGCGGGACGACGGGCUCUCGGCCGCCGCGCGCAAGCAGAGGUGAGCGCCCGCCCUCCCCCGGCCCGGGACUCGGAGAUCAUGCAGCAGAAGCAGAAGAAGGCCGACGAGAAGAAGGAGGGCACCAAGUAGCCCGGGGCUGCGGCCGGGGCCGGGGCCGGGCCGCCCGCCGGCAGGAUGCCCCGCGCCGCCCCGGGGCCGGCCCGCGCCGACGGGGCCCGCGGCAGCGCCCCGCGGCGCCGCCUCCUAUUAAAGUAGCUUGUGGAGCCCUGCA